AUGGCGGAGCAGAUGAUAAGGUCGGCCGCGACCGGGCCGUCAACCGAGGACGAUGGAGACAGUGUGGAGUCUCGCCGUCCAGCUUCGUCCCUGCUUUCGGGCUCCGAAACUCCGCGACAGGGGCACCGCCGGGAGGCAAGCGCCGCGGGUGAACCCGGGACCAGGCAGGCGAGCACUCGGCGACAGGCUGAGCCGUCCCAGGCGGGUGCGUUUGUCGCGCGCACAGGGUCCACGGCGUCGGAUGGGCGUUCGGAGACGCGGUCGGAGGUCAGCAUUGAACUGGAGAGAAAAGGGACGAGUCCACACGAGAUAAGGGGCCGCUCUGUCUCGAACCCUGGCUUCUACUGGGGUGCCUCCCCGCUAUCGUUCGGCGGGCCAGCGUGUCCGCCUCCAGACCGGUUCGUCUCGACGGGUACCUGUGCGUCGUCUGCGAGGGAGCAUCGCCGCAUGCUCUCGCGCCGGGCACAGACGCCUCGCGGUUGCUCAGGUUUUGCGGCGGCUUCACUCGAUGUCGCUCCGCCCGCGACCGCUUUUCUUCACACGCACAUGCCGGCGCGGAAUCUCGCGGCCUCGGGGUCGUUCUCGUCCGUCUCUACGCACGGCACGGGCGGCGGCCACCGCCCAGAAGGCGAGCCCAGAUCUGCGCGCACGCAGGAGGCGGGGUACCCCGAGAAGGCGCCGCGGAGCGCGUUCUUCAGCGAAAAGGAACGGAGCACCAUCUACUUUGACCGACGGGGCCAGGUGUUCACGUCGUGCAUGACUGACUGGGAGGAAGAUGACGCGUCUCACCGCAACGCGCACCGCGCGAAACACCGAAGAAUGGUGAGUCGCCCGCCCUCGACGCACGACGGCGUCAGCGUGGCCCGGGAUGAUCGGUCGAUCUGCGUCGAUCCUAUGGGCGGCGGCGUCGGGGGGUUUUACGACGGAGCGACGCUCCGAAGACGGCGAGCGUCGCCGGCGAGGUGCUGCAGUCGGUGGUGCCGAGCCACCGGCUUUGUCAACCAGUGGCGAAAGGAGUCGGUGUACGGGGUGUACCCGAUCUGGACGCUGAGUGCGACGAUGUGGGUGUGCAUCAUUGGGACGAUCCUGUGCUUGGCGCUGGGAGCCUGGCUGAUUGUCGAGGACAACCGCCACGUCGAGUGCCGGCUGAACUACGAAGAUGAGACGCUGCAAGAGGGCGGAUCGAGGUACUCCCUGCUCUCGAUCACGGCGGACCUGUGUGGCAGUCGGAACAGUGACCUGACAGAGCUGACGGGGCCGUACGUCUACGUCUACGUGGAAAUGGAGAACUUCUUCCAGAACGACGCGCAGAUCCUCUGGAGCCGGAACGAGGCGCAACUGGCUGGGAAGAUCAUCACAGACCCGAGCGAACUGAGCGACUGCGACCCGGUCGUCACAGCUGUCGUCAACAACGUGACCAAGAUUUUGCACCCCUGCGGAGCGCUCGCGUGGAAUGUCUUCACCGACCGGUUCCAGUUCCUGGACGCCGUCCCGGACGACGCUGUCGACUCUGGCCCAGUCAAACCGCUGGUCGUUGAGCAGAGCCAAGACAUUCUGCUCAGCUCGUUGGACUGGCGUUCGCGGUUCAAGAACCCCCCGGCUGAGGAGCGGGCAAAGUACCGCGACCAAGUCUACUUUUGGAUGAGCCAGGUGGACAACGACGACGGCCAAGACAUGUACAAGAGCCGAGAAGAGGCGAAAGCAGAGCUACUGAUGGAUCGGCUCAACUACGAAGAGGCGGGGGAAAUGGUCGAGAACGGCCACUUUAUCCAGUGGAUGCAAGUCGCAACCUUUGGGACGUGGAGAAAGCUGUACGGCCGCAUCAAGGGUCCCGUCGAGCUCCCGCUCUUCGCCUACAUCGCGGUGACCUACGAUGUGAAACAGUGGCGGGGAAAGAAGGCCAUUGUGCUCGUUCAGCCGUCGCGAUUUGGAGGCCGGACGCAGUUCACUGGAAUCACGUACCUCGUGUUCGGGUGCAUUCUCGGGGUCUUCGCCAUCUACAUGCUGUGGAAGAGAUGGUACAAGACAGACGCACUCGCGGAUGACGCCGUCAAAGACAUUCGUUGGCGCGCGGGCAGUCGGAAGGGCAAGAAAAAGCUUAAGUGA